AUGAGGCAGCAUGGCAUCGGCUAUGGCGUUGGAGACUUCAGUCAAGCGGUGGCGGACGAAGAUGCUGAGUUUGCUGACGAGCAGGCUCCUCCAUCUGUUGCUGCUAGGCAUACUUUCUUAGGUACUCGUGCUUUCCGCCCUUUAACCACCAGCCCUCAGGUUUUCCCAGAGAGCGAGAUAGCGUUUGGCCAGUUCUCUUCUCCUGAGGUGCAGGUCCCUGAAACUCAGCCUGAUUGUGAGGUGACUGGGUUUGCUGGGAGCGAGGGGCAUGUCACUGGCGUUGCAUCAGAUCAGCAGCAUGGAGGAGUUGCUGCUCGGCAGGAGCAUGAGCCUCCGUCAACUCAAGAGGGCCGCGGGGGCAGCCACAGGAAGGGGAAGGGGGCAAGUAAGGCACCGGCAGUGAGUGUCAAGCCGCCAGGUGUCACCAAGGCGACGGGCAAGAGUGGCAGGCUGUAUGUGCAGCGAGCGGUCUGGGGUGAGGGUCAUUGUUUGGUCUUGGCUGAUGGGAAGUUGUCAACAGAUGUUGCUAUUGAGGAGGAUGGGGGUGUCCGCGCAAAGCACACAACAGCCAAUACCAGAUGGGACUUGGUGGAGGAUUACUGCUUCGCCAACGGGGUCCACCGUUCUGCUUCAAGCUGCAAAGACAAAUGGGAGAAUCUGUUGGGGGAGGUCAAGAAAGUCAGGGACUACCAGAGAAAGAUUCCUUCUGGGAAGGAUGGGUACUGGGCCAUGGACUCGGCCGCAAAAAGAGAGGCUGCCCUUCCCCCGAACGUGUCGCAGAAAGUUUACGACCGUAUCGUGGAAGCUCUUGGGGGCACUGCAAGCAUGGACCCCCCCUCAGUCCUCCAGUCAGGCAGCGCGUCAGCUCCGGAUAGCGAGGAGGAGGCCUAUUUGGCAGGGGAGGGGCCUGACCCUGCGAAGCGCACCACGGGGUACCGCAAGAGGGCAUGGGGUUCAGCUAAGAAGGAGCUAAUUGGCACCUUGAAGGAGAACGGUGCUAAUUUGGGCGAUCAGCUCAAAGCAAGCGAGGAGGGCAAGGAGAAACGGUUCAAGGAGAGCAUGGAGUUUGAGGAUAGGAAGUUGAGGCAGCAAGUCGAGCUUGAGGAAAGGAGACUCAAGCAUGAUGAGAUGCUUGGGGGGGCAAUGCAGAUGAUGGCACAAGCAUUUGCACAAAUGGUGCAGCAGAAUGCGCGGCGAGAAAUGUUUGGUAGUACAGCGGGGUCAGCAAACUUUCCCCAGUGCUCAACAAUGCCAAAAGCAAUGCUCAGCAAGUGCAUCUCGCACAGCAAGAGCAUCGCGGUUGCCUCUCCCUCCAAGCGGACCAGCUGGUCUACCCCCCCCCUCAAAGUCAGUACAGCAGUGGAGGCAUCAGCGGCCCAAAAGGAGAAAGAGAUGAGGGCCGAAAUGAAGGCAGCUGUGGAGGCACAAAAGGAGAAAGAGAUGAAAGCCAAUGUAAAGGCGGCUGUGGAGGAUUCAGUGGCCAAAGGAAAGAGGAAGAUGAGGGCAGAAAUGAAGGCAGCCGUGGCUCAGAGGGGAAAAGAGAUGAGGGCCGACUGUGGAGACAUCAGUGGCCCGAAUGAGAAAGAGAUGAGGGCCCACAUGAAGGCGGCUGUGGAGACGAGAGAGACUGAAAUCAGGUAUGAAUCGCCGGCAGUAGAAUGCAAUGUUUUGGGUCGCCGUGUAUGCAGAGUUGUCUGA